AUGCUGCUCGUGGCGACCACCUGGGUGGGCACCCACCGCACCAUCAGCAACCUUGAGAGCGGCCACGCCGCGCACCCAGACAUGAUGCACCCUGCGGAGGGCUGGGCGGCUCGCGACGGUCACCUUGCUGCGGCAGCGCACGCCGCGGUCGCGCCUGCGGUGUCUGCUGUGGUGAGCGGCGGCGCCACCAUCGCUCCCGGGCCAGGCGACGCGAACGCAGCCGUAACCAGCGGCGCCGCGCUCUCACGGGUGUUUGGCGCUCUAUCCAACAGCUGGGGUGCCCACAGCACCACUGGGGGCGGAGCGGCGGGCGGCGCAGCCGCGGCCGCGGCCUUGCCGAGCCACGGCGGCGCAGCGGGGGCAGUGGGCCUGCUCGCUGCGGCGGGCGCGGACGCAGUGGCCAUGGCGGGCGCGGCGCUGGCUGACAGCGAGCGCGACAUAGAGCUGCGGCCGGAGCGGGUGGCGGCGGUGGUGGGGCGCGCCAAGGCGGCCGAGAUGGAGCAGCUGCUGCAGCGGGGGGCGGCGGAGGGCGCGGGCGCGGAGAUGCGGGUCUCGAUGGACUCUGCUGAGAAGUACCAGGGCCUGUACGGCUCCAACGCCGGCAGCAUCUUAUUUGGCCCGAUCAGCGGCGCCGAGUCCGCAGCCUGCCCCGCGGGCGCCCCAGACCUGCGCGGCACGCAGGCGGCGGCCGUCGUCGUGGCGGGCGCGGGCUCGGCGGCGCGGCUGGAGCGGACGAUGCAGGGGCUGCUGAGGCGGUGGGGCCACACUGGGGAGGACGUGCGGGGCCUGUUUCACAUCUAUGUGGCAGUGGACGGCCUCGACCCCGACGUCAAGAAAGUGGCCAUGCACUACGCAGUGGAGACGAUGGGCGUGGUCAGGAUGGUGCACCACGCCCGCAAUGGCUCCGCCCCCGACCCGGACGGCGGCGCCGACCCCGCGCGCCCCUCGCACAUGCUGUUCCUGCUGCGGCUCUUCCUGGAGUGCUUCUCAUACCCGGCCGUCCUGCUGCUGCCCGACGGCGCGCGGCUGGCGCCGGACGCCCUCGGGUACUUCGCCGGGGCGCAGUGGCUGCUCACGAGCGACCCGACACUCUGGUGCGUCGCGGGCGCCAGCGGCCUCGCCGGCGGCGCGCGCGGCGCGGCGCGGCGCCCGGCCGACCCCGACCUGCUGCUUCGCAGCGACCGCGUCGACGGCCACGCGCGCGGCUGGAUGGUGGGCAUGGAAGCCGGGCGGCAGCUGCUUGUCGCGUGGCGCGCCGCAUCCGGGGCCGCAAAGGGCGGGAGAGCGGCGGGCGGCGGGGACGGGGCCGCCGGGUGGCUAGAAUUCCUGCGGUCGGCGGCGGUGCGCAGGGGCCGCCAGUGCAUCGUCCCAGACCUCCCGCGGGUGCUGAGCGCCGCCGGCACCGACGCCGACGCUCACGGUGGCGCCGCUGCCGCGACCACGGGCGGCAGCGGCUCCGGCGAGGGUGGCGGCAGCAGUGGCAGUGGUGGAGGCAGGGGCGGUGGUGGUGGCGGCGGCGAGUCCGAAGAUGAUUAUUGGGACGGCGACCUGUCGACCGCGUGGGACGCGGCGCUUGCCCCAGGCUCUAACAGCACCAUGACCGGUCUCGCCUCGCACGAAAUCGGCGGCGGCGGCGCUGCGGGCGCGGGUGACGCGGCGGCGGCGCCGGGCCCGGCGGCGGCCGGGCGUGGGGGCCGGCAGGGCGGGCAGCGGAGACGCAGCAGCAGCGUGGAUUGGCUCGAGGCUGACCUGGCGUGGCUGAUGGAGCCGCAUUACUCGCGAGUGGUCAUGCAGCGCCUGCGCGACGCACUGCCGGUGAAGCUCUCGGCCGUCCCUUCCCUCGCCGCCGGCGACCGUGCGCGCCGCCUGCGGUACGCGUCCGCCGCCGAGUACCGCGCCGACAUGGACGUGCUCGGGUUGGCGCCCGGUGACGACGAGAUGGCGCACGAAGAACGGUACUGCUACAUGGUCCCUACGGCGCCCCUGGCGUCGGAUGGGGCCUCGCCGCCGGCGACGCAUGAGCAUUGCCAGGACGUCCUCCCGCCACUAGUAUACAACGGCAUCGUCCCCACAUACAAUGCAAAUGGCGCCCGCGUUUUUGUUGUCCCCGCUGCCUACGACUCGGCCCUCAGCGGCGGCGGCAGCCCCCCCGCCUCCGCCCCCGCGGCUUCGUCCCGCCCUGCGACCGCGGCUUCGGGCGCCGCCGGCAAGGUCGGCGCUGGCAAAGGCGGAGGAGCGCGGCAGGGUGGCGAUGCGGCGGCGGCGUUUGAUGCUGAGCCCGAGAUUAAUGAGGAGGCGCUGGAUGAUUACCUUGAGGAUGUCUAUGGGGACUUUGACAAGUCCAAGGUUGUGGUGCUGAGCAGCCCCGCACCAUCUGCAGCUUCCGCAGAGGCGGGCGAGGCCGCGGGGGAGGGUGGUGGCAGCGACAUGCCGCGCAACGCGCCGCUACAGCUGCUGCUGCUGCUGCUGCUGCUGCUGCUGCUGCUGCUGCUGCUGCUGCUGCUGCUGCUGGCGUCCCAGCAGAAGGCCAACGGUCACAGUACAGGGGCCGACAUGAUCGCGCUCCACACGGGACCUGCCGCGGGCCACUUUGGGGAGCGCCAGGCGCCGCCGAAAGCGGAGGAUGGCACGAGCCUUGAAGACGAGUGGGGCCGCUCCAGCGGCGGCGGCGCGAGCAGCGCCGGCGGCGGCCUCAUCAAGGCCCACUUCCCCUCCUGCUCCGGCGGCGGCGACGGCAGCAACGGAGGCGGCGGCGGCGGCGACGGCGACGGCGGCGGCGAGGAGGGGGACGACGAAGCGGACGCGGCGCCGGCGCGCAGGGAGGGGCAGCCCCCCGCCAGCUGGCAAGCUGUGUGGCGGGACCUAAAAAUUAAACACAUGGCCGGCAGCGAAAAAGAGGCAGCGGGCGCCACCGAUGCUGCCAGUGACGCCCCGACGCCGCAGGCGACGUGCCCGGCCGCGGGCUCGUGCCGGCUCGCGGCGGCGGCGCACGCCGCGCCGAUGCGGUCGCCGUUUGAGGCCGCGACAGCAGAGGCCGGCCAGGCCGCCGCGGACUGGGACGCGGCGGACGGCGCAGCGCUGGUCGUCCUCCAGCCCCGCGGCCGCUGCGGCGGCGGCGCAUCCCCGAGGCGGCCGGCUGCUCCUGCCGAGGCCGGCGACCCCGGAGAGGGCCCCGGCGCAGCCGCCUGCGGCGACGACGACGGCGACGCGCAGCUGGCGCCGCCGUCGCAGGGCGGCGGGUCGCUCUCGACGUCACUCUCGAGCGCGGGCGCGGCGGCGGCGGAGUGCGGCGACCGCCUGCGCAUGCCGCCGUCGGCGGCGGACCUGCCUGUGAAGGAGGUCCUGGCUGAGCUCUGCGAGCUGCUCUCAAAGGGCAACCCCUACCCGCGCAAAAACGCCAGCCCCGCCCGCCGCCGCAGCAGCAGCAGCGGGGCCGCGCGCGCGGCCGCGCGUCGGCCCGGCGGCGCGGAGCGCGAGCAGCAGGGCGGGCGGCGCGCGAGCGGCGAGGGCGACAACGACCGGGACUUCAAGCUCGGGCGGCGGCGCAGCACGGUGGAGACAAAGGACGAGAUCUUGACUCACCUGCGGCUGGUCAACGCGGCGCUGGCCGGUCAACGCCGCCGCUCCAGCGCGUGCGGCAGCAGCGGCGGCGCCGCGGCGGGGCCUGUGGACGCGGGGAAGGCGGGGGCUGCCGAGGAGGAGCAGGCGCGGCGCGAGGGGUCGGGGCCGGCCGAGGUAGAGAGUGCGAGCCGGCGGGGGACGGCCGAGAGGGGGCAAAGCAGCAAUGGGAGAGAGGUGCCCGCUUUUGCUCAGCUGGGAGCGCGUCAUGCGGAGAGAGAGACUCAGCCUCAGCAGCAGCAGCAGCAAAGGCGCUCAUCUGCAGCGUCCGUUUACGAGCGGCUGCUGCUGGCCAGCCAAUCGGGCGGCGGCAGCGGCGGCGGCGGCGGCAGCGGCAGCGGCGGCGGAUCCCCGCAGCAGGCGCGGGGGCUGUCGCGCUCCUUCAGAGGCAGCGGGUUUGGCGGCGCGGCCAGCCUAAAUGGAGGUGGUGCAGAGCCGCGCCCCGCGGCAGGUGCCAGCACAGCGUCUGUCAGCCUGGCGGCCCUGCUGCAGCAGGUGCGAGGGGACACGCAGCAGCAGCAGCAGCAGCAGCAGCAGCAGCAGCAGCAGCAGCAGCAGCAGCAGGAGCGCAAGCCGCGCCCGCAGCCGCUGCAGCACACGACGUCUCACGUCGACGCGGCGGAGUGGCACGAGUGCGUGCACUGCGGCGCCGUCUCCCCCGCGUCGAAAGUCAAGCUGACUCCCAGCGCCGCCACCGCAGCGGCCGCCGCGGCAGCUGCGACCGGCCUCGGCGUGCGACCUGCGGGAGCAGCGGGGGGCGAGGACGGGUCAACGACCAAGCAGGGUGCACUCUCUACGCACCUCAACCUCGCAGCCCUGAUGGCGGGCACGCCCUCGCCUGGAGUGGCCCCGUCAUCUGCUGCGCCAGCGGUGGCGACGCGGCUCGACCUCGGGGCUCUGCUGAGAGGCGGCGCUGGCGGCGGCGGGGGCGGCGGGGGCGCGUUUGCGGACGCGCCGGCGAUGCCGGCGUUUGCCUCAAGGCUCAACCUCGGGGCGCUGAUGGGCGCCGGGGUGGGCCCCGCCGCCGCUGCUGGCAGCUGCAGCAGCGCCCCGGCGACCCCCGGCGGUCGCGGCGCCCCUGCCGCGCCCCAGGCCGGGCCGGGCCGCGGCGCGCACCGCAGCAGCAGCGCCGGGCGGACGCCGCGGCGGGACCCGCCGCUGACGCCGGAGCAGCAGCGGCGCGCGCGGGAGAAGGAGCAGCAGGAGAGGCGCGUUGCCAGCCGGCGGGCAGCCGUGCUGCCGCCGGCCCCCAGCAGCGGUUCGCCGGCCGCCGCCGGCACGCCCCCCCGCGGUUCGGCCCCCAGCAGUUCGUCGCCGUCGCGCCGCAGCCUCCUGGCCGCAAGCAGCAGCUCGUCUCAGCAAGGCCGAGGGUUUGGCAGCGGCGCGGCCGUGGUGGGUGAGGAGCAGCAGCAGCAGCAGCAGCAGCAGCAGCAGCAGUUGGCCGGGGGCGGCAAGCGUGCGUGGCGGCCGGGCGGCACGGGGCACGUGGACAGGGAGAGGAGCCAGAAGCUGGAGGCCUUUCUGGAGGCCCUCGACAGGCGCGCCGGCGCCGGCGGCCGUGAGGGCGGCGGCGGCGGCGGCGGAGGCCGCCCCUCUCGCGCCCCUGAGGGCGAGCGAGAAGGGGAGGCUGCAGCCGCCGACGCGCCGGCUGCGGCCGCGCCGCCGCGCUCGCAGGGUGCGGCCAAGGGUGCGGGCGCAGGCCGGGAGCCGGCAGCAGCGGCGGCGGUGGGGACCCCCGGGCGCUCGCCCAAGAAGCUGCCGGCCUGCAUAGCGGCCCCGUUGCUGGCGGCGGCCACCCGCAAGGAGCAGCAGCGGAUGGUCCAGGAGCACAUGCAGGAGCUGCUGAGGCGGCAGGCGGAGCUGCGCAAGCGCUUCAACCCGGGCCAACCGCAGCAGCAGAAGCCGGCCGCGGCGAGCAAAGGCGCGCAGCAAAGGGCGGCGGGCGCCGGGACAGCGGAGGGCGCGCCGGGCUGUGCCACAGGGGGGCUGCAGGGCCAGCCGCAGACGCUGCAGCAGCAGCUGCAGUUGAUGGAGGCGCUGCUGCUGCAGCGGCAGCUGCAGCACGCCGCCGACGAGGAGCGGCGCGGGGCUGCUGCCAGUGCUGCCGCUGCCGCCGCCGCGGCCCCCCGCAGCCAGCCGGCGUCGCCAAAGCGCCCCGCCCCCGCCGCUGCACGCGGCGGCGGCGGCGGCAGCGCAGCGGCGGCGCUGCCCCAUGACUCGUCGGUCGCCUCAAUGGUGGCAGCCUUUGAGGCGCUCGCCGGCGCCGGCCCCGCCGCCGGCCCCGCCGCCGCCGCAGACGCCGCAGACGCCGCGGCGGGCGGCGGCGGCGCGACGGCAGGCAGCGGGAGUGGCGGGGAGGAGGAUUUUGAGCUGCCCCUGUGGCCCGAUGCGAGGGACACGCUGAUGUCAGCGAUGGACGCGAAGCUGGCGCUGCUGCAGGAGCGCGAGGCCCAGCUCGAGGCCGAGCUGUCCAGCCUGUCGGCGCCCCCCAGCCACGCCAACAGCGGCGGCGGCGCGCCCCUCCGCCCGGGGGCGACCGCGGCGCCGCCGGGGGCCGGCACGCGGCGCGGGGCGCGCGGCAGCAGGGCGGCGAGUUUGGCGGGGUCGUUGGCGGGCGCGAGCGCGCUCCACGAUUCGCCGGCGAUGGCGGCGCUGCGGCAGCAGCUGCUGUCGGUUGUCGCGCGGUCGGGCGCCGCGGCGGCUGCUGGGCUGCCGGCGGCGGCGAGCGGGCACAGCAGGGCGGGGCGGCCAAAGCCGUCGGCGGCUGGGUCUGAGGUGGCGAGCGGCACCGUGUUUGACAGGCUGCAUGCAGGAGACCAGUGGGCGCCGCGCAGCCGUCACAGCCGCGCCAGCCUCGCCAGCACCGCGGGCGCCGCCGCCCCCGGCCCCGUCGACGCAGCCAUCGCCGCCGCAGAGGCCGCCCUUUCGGCGCAGCUCCAGCAGGGCGCCCGCACGCGCAGCCUCGGUCGCAAGAACGGCUCCCGCCGCUCGCGCUCCCGCACCAGCGGCGACGACGACGGCGGCGCCGGCGGCAGUCCCGGCGCGCCCGCCGCGGACGCGCCGCUGCAGGACGCGGGCGCGGCGCCGGGGUACUGGCGGUCGGCCGGCGCGAUCGACAGCCACAAGAUAGCGGCCCUGCUGCAGGCGACGCGCGCUGAGCUGGCGACGCUCGCGCCGGGCGGGGGCGGGGCCGCCGCCAAGUGCCUGGGCCCCGUGCAGCAGCGGCUGUUGGCGAAGCUGCAGGCGGAGGAGCGGUGGCUUGCGGCACAGCAGCAGCAGCAGCAGCAGGCCGCCGCGGUCGCGGCGGCUCAGGCGCAGCUCGCGGCGGCGGCCGCGCGCCGCUCGCGCCGCGCCAGCGCGGAGGUGGCGGCGGCGCUCUCGCAGCAGGGCGGCGCGGCGUCGCCAGCUUGA